CCGUAUCGCGCAGUACCGCCUUUCCUCCCUGCUCAGCCGCCAGAUGUGAUGUAGGCCCCACCCCCUGCCGGUCUCUGCGCCCGCCCCCUUACUCGGUGAUCACCGGACCGUCUGCUCUACCAGGCAGGGAGAGCGGCGCCGGACGAAGGAGUUCGCUUCUCGCGCUGAGCCACUGUUUACAUCGCGGCGUCCCAACAUGGCAGCACAGAAGAGUUGGGCCGGCAAGCUCCUGACUCUCUUCGUGUACGACCGGAGGCAGGAAGCGUCGGACGACCGCGAGAAACUUCUGAACUGUCAUGAGGCGAGCUAUAAGGAUUUCCGCGGCGCGGUGUGCCAGGCAUUUGGCAUAUCCUCAGAAGAAACAUUUGUUAUCACAACAACUAGCAGAAAACUGAUCACCAGUGAAAACUUUGGUGGAAUUGUUCAAGAUAAGAUGACUUUCUACUUGCUACAGUCAAUUGAUCAAUCACUUGCCUCUGCCACAAAGGAGCGUAUUGAUUUUCAACCACAUUAUGAUACUCUUGUGAAAAGUGGAAUGUAUGAAUAUUAUGCUAGUGAAGGACAAAAUCCUCUGCCAUUCGCACUUGCAGAAUUAAUUGAUAACUCUUUAUCAGCUACUUCUCGAAAUACUGGUAUUCGAAGCAUACAGUUAAAGCUGUUAUUUGAUGAUGCCCAAGGAAAGCCAGCUGUUGCUUUCAUAGAUAAUGGAAGAGGUAUGACUUCUAAACAACUUAAUCAUUGGGCUGUGUAUCGAUUGUCAAAGUUCACGCGACAAGGUGACAUUGAGAGUGAUCAUUCAGGAUAUGUACGCCCUUCUCCAGUACCUCGCAGUUUAAACAGCGACAUAUCGUAUUUUGGGGUUGGUGGAAAACAAGCAGUGUUUUUUGUUGGACAGUCAACCAGAAUGAUAAGCAAGCCUGCAGAUGCUCAAGAUGUUCAUGAACUUGUCCUUUCUAAAGAAGAUUUUGAAAGAAAAGAGAAAAAUAAAGAAGCUAUAUACAGUGGAUACAUUAGAAAUAGAAAGCCUUCUGACUCUUCCCACAUUGUUAAUGAUGAUGAACGAUUUUUGCACAAUUUAAUCAUGGAAGAAAAGAACAAAGAAAGUUUCACUGCAGUGAUUGUUACUGGGGUACUUCCAGAUCAUGUGCAGUAUUUGAAAAACAACUUUAACCUUUGGACAAGGCAGCUGGCACACAUAUAUCAUUACUAUAUCCAUGGACCAAAAGGAAAUGACAAUAACUCAGCAAUGAACGAAUUGGGAGCUUUCAACAAUAUUGAUAUUGAGAUUUCAAUGUUUGAAAAAGGAAAGAUACCCAAGAUAGUGAAUCUUAGAGAAAUCAAAGAUGAUAUGCAGACUUUAUAUAUAAAUACAGCUGCUGAUAAUUUUGAGUUUAAGGCUCAUGUUGAAGGAGAAGGUGUAGUGGAAGGCAUAAUUCGUUAUCAUCCUUUCUUGUAUGAUAAAGAAACCUAUCCUGAAGAUCCUUGCUUUCCUUCAGGGUUGAAAGAGGAAGAGGAAGAGGAGGACGAGGAAGAAUGCAUUGUAAUACAAAAGGGAGGCAGAGGAAAAAGGCCUAUUUUUGAAAGUUUUUGGAACGGAAGAUUAAUACCGUACACAACCGUGGAAGUUUUUGAAUGGUGUGCUGUUCCCAAGAAGAGAGGGUUGGUCCCAGCUGAAUGUUACAACAGAAUUUCUGGAGUAUUAUUUACAAAUGAUAAAUUUCAGGUCAGCACAAACAAGCUGACUUUCAUGGAUUUGGAGUUAAAGUUAAAAGACAAGAACACAAUUUUUACCAGAGUCAUCAACGGGCAGGAGCAGAGAAUGAAAAUUGACAGAGAAUUUUCAUUGUGGCUCAAAGACUGCCAUGAAAAAUAUGACAAACAGAUAAAAUUCACUUCCUUUAAUGGAGUAAUUACACGUACAGAUCGGCCCUCAAAAAGAAUGCAGAGUCCUUGGGCUACAUAUUCUGCUAUAGAAUGGGAUGGAAAAACAUAUAAAUGUGGGCAGCUGGUAAAAACAAUUAAGACACUUCCAAUAUUUCAUGGAAAAAUACUGAAUUUUUUUUUAUAUGGAGAUCAUGAUGCAGAUAUAUAUGCUACUGGGGGAGAGGUUCAGAUAGCUUUGGAACCUCAGGCAUUAUAUAAUGAAAAAAAGAUUAUUCCAAUAUGCAAACUUGACCGUUCAGUAUCAGAUGAAGCAGUGAAGAGAUACAUUGAGGAGGAAAUGGCAAAGCUUCCAGAUAAGUUGUCAAUAACAUGGCCUGAAGGAAAUGAAUUGUUAUCAAAUGAAACCAGACAUGCAGGAACUACUAUAGGAGCAUUAAGAAUUGAAAUACUGAAUAAAAAAGGGGAAGCCAUGCAAAAGCUUCCUGGUGCAAGUCAUGGGGGAUCGAAGAAACUACUGGUUGAACUCAAAGUUAUUUUACAUGCCUCCAAUGGAGAUAAGGAAAUAAUUUCUCAUAUCAGUCAGCAUGGCGGUAAAUGGCCUUACUGGUUCAAAAAAAUGGAAACUAUUAAUAAACUUGGAAGCUACACACUGAAACUGCAAGUUGUAUUGAAUGAAAGUAAUGCAGACACUUACGCUGGGAAACCUCUUCCUUCCAAAAUGUUUAAAUUUAAUAUAAUAGCGGGAAAGCCUCAGAAGUUUUCAAUAGGUCUUCUGGAUCCUCCAUUUCGUGUUGGAAUUCCAUUCAAUAUUCCUUUAAGUGUGCAAGAUGAAUUUGGUCAGGAUACACAUCUGACUGAUGAUAUUGUACCAGAACUUGAGGCUAGUGGUUUAACAUUAAAGUAUGAAGAAAUAGAUAGAGGACCAAAUUAUGCUAUAAAAGGUGUUACUGCUAAAGGUCCUGUGAAUAGCUACCAGGGGAAGAAUUUUACUUUGAAAGUUAUUCUUCCUGGUUUGAAGGAAGAAUCACAGGUUUUGAAAAUUAAACUUCUCCCAGGCCCUCCCCGGCAGCUAAAUGUCAAACCAAAUUCUAAUAUCUUGAAAAUUGAAAAUGGUACAGCAUUUCCUUUUCAAAUUGAAGUGCUGGAUGAAGUUGGAAACAUAACAGCGCAACCAGAACUAAUUGUUCGUUGCAAGUUUUCAGGUGCUCCAGACCUUCCUUUAUAUAGUGUGGACUGCAGUAAUGCUAUGUUGAAUAUCUUAACUGGACCAGUUUUGCAUGUGCAAAAUAUAAAGAAAGACCAGACACUUAAAGCAAAGAUUGAAAUACCUAGUUGCCAAGAUGUACCACCAGUGGAAAAGACUAUUAAACUGCUUCCUAGCAGUCGUGUUGCAAGACUACAAGUUUUUAGUAUGGAGGGGGAAAAAGCCACUCGGAUCAAGGAUGGGGAUGAAAUUAGAUGGAUUGCAGGUGACGUGAUGCAAAAUCUUAUCUUCCAAAUGUAUGAUGAGAUUGAAAGAGAGAUCAUAAUAACAUCAACUCUGGCAGAAAAAAUUAAGGUUAAUUGGACUCCCAAGAUUAGUAGAGAACAACUGAUGAAAGGAUUAUUGCCUGAUAUUAAAGUACCAACAUCUGUAAAUGAUACUCGCUAUUGUCAAGUUACAUUCCAUGAUGACCAUGUAUCUCUGGAAAGUGCAUUUACAGUUAGGCCACUUGCUGAUGAGCCAAAGCAUAUCAAAUGCAAACUUAAAGGAUCAAACAUACUACAGAUGGGUGAAAAGUUGCAAGCUGAAAUUGAGGUAAUGAUUACAGAUCAGCAUGGAAACCAGCUUCAAAAUCUGACAUCGUCAUCUGCAAAUUCUUUGGGAAUUUCUGGGAAUGGUCUGGAUAAGACAGAUUUGACAACUAGUUGGAAGGAAGAUACACAAACCUUCUGUAUUAAAGGCAUUAGGUUUAAACCCGGCAAUCCUGGAAUCAAAGAAUUGUGUUUUGCUUGGCAUGAAUUUUCUCACUUUUUGAAAUUAAAUGUGAUUGCGGGACCUCCAUCAAAAUUGAUUCUUAUGGACUGGACAAACUUAGAGGAAUCUGUGCCAGUGAUUAAUGGCAAAGAGCUGCCAAAACCUCUUACAGUCCAGCUCUGUGAUCAGUGGGAUAAUCCGUCUCCUGAACCAAAUGUCAAAAUCAGCCUUGUAAAGUCAAGCAUCAUAAAGAUCACUCCUUCAAAUCAGCAGUAUAAAACAGAUGAAAAUGGUAGAGCAAAUUUGGGAUAUCUUAAUAUUCAUGCACCUAGGGGAGAGCAUAAAUUGCAGUUUAAAGCAUCAUAUAACAAGACUAUGUUAGAUUGUUCAGAAAUCAAGUUAAAUGUUCUGCCUGACCGGAAUAAACCUGUAUCCCUGAAUGUUAAAUAUGAUAAGAAAGCUGCCUUUGCAGCUGGAAGCACCUUUCCUGAUUUCAUGAUCAGUGUUGUUUCUGAAGAUGGUAGUAUUAUUAAAAAUAUAAAUCCUGGAAGAAUUUCUAUGAAAAUGUGGGAAGGGCACAGUAGUGAAGCUCGAUUAUCAAAUGUUACAACAUUUGGCUGUACCAAAACUAAGGAUGACAAGGAUGAGGGCUUUUUUUACUUCAGGGGGAAAAUAGUUCCAGAGAGAGUGGGUUCAUACAGCAUCCAAUUCGCUUUUGCCAUUGACAAAGUGAACAUACUUACCAGCGAACAGAUUAUAGUUGAAGUGAUGCCUAAUGAACCAGCACAAUUGAUGCCAGCAUCUUCGCCGCAUACUCCUGCAGUCUCUAAUGCUGCGGCUGUUAGCAGUCGGACCCUUGUCAAGGAAUUAAACCUCAUUAUAAUGGAUCGAUACCAAAACUGUACUGGGAAUAACUUGGAUGGAAAAAUUGUGGCUAAAAUUGAAAGUUCUACUGAGGAAGAUGCAGACAUCCCUCUGUUUCAGGGUAAAACUAGUACAAUUGAGUUUCCAUUUCACAAAGGAAUAGUUGAAAUUGAGGCUCUUGUGUUGGCAGAAAAUAGUCCAGGGAGAGAUAGUACUGAAUAUAUUCUUGUGUUUGAGCCCAUCAUACCAACUUUGAAAAGAUAUUUGGAACCUUACCGACUUUCAUUUAUGUUUUACAAUGAUUUUAAGAAACAGCAGCAGAUGGCAAGACUUACAGAAGAGAAGGACAACCUAUCUAACUCAAUACACUUGUACAGAAAGUUGUUUGAUACCUCUAAUCAGCUUCUCUAUGAAAUAGAAUGUCAGGCUCAGGAAGCUGAAACCAAAGAGUCCCAUCUGAAGGCUGAACUGAGAAGACAUGAGAUUAACGUACCUCAGAAAGAUGUUCUUCAAUAUGUUGAUACUCUUCUGAAAGAGAAGAUAUCUGAGCAGGAAGAAAUAAAAAGGCAACCUAGAAGGACAUGUGCAGUUGUCAACUAUCCCAGAUGCAGCCAAGAUGUUUUAGGAAAGAUCGCACACUUAGCACAGAUUGAAGAUAAUGAAGCAGCAAAGGUUAUCUCAUGGCAUUUGGCGAGUGACAUGGACUGUGUAGUCACCCUGACAACUUCCGCUGCUCGUCGUAUCUUUGAUGAAACUCAAGGCCGACAGCAGGUGUUGCCUCUUGAUUCUAUUUACAAGAAGAAUCUUCCAACCUGGAACAGGCCUUUACCUCACAUACGAAAUGGAAAGACCUGUUUCAGUCCUCUUGGAAAUCCUGUCUUUGCCAGAGAUUUGCUAACAUUUCCAGAACAUCAAGAAAGCUGCCAGACAGUGUUUGGAAUGAUCUUGGGGGACACCAUUAUUGUUGACAGUUUGGAUGCUGCCAAUCAUUACAGAAAAGAGAUUGUUAAAAUUGCACAUUGCCCAACUUUACUAACAAGAGGAGGAGACAGAAUUCGCAGCAAUGGAAAAUUUGGAGGCCUUCAGAAUAAAGCUCCUCCCAUGGAUAAACUUAGAGGAAUGGUAUUUGGAGCACCUCUGCCACAGCAUUACUAUGCUCUCUCCACACAGAUAGAACUCCUUCAACAGUACCAUACAGCAGUUACCAGACUUACUAAAGUGAAUAGAGAACUUAAAAAGCAAGAGCAGUCAUUAAAUACUCCAGAAAUGCAGAAAAAGAAAAAAGAACUUGCUGAGCAGGAGAAAAAACUCAAGUCAAUAGAGAAGGAAAUAGGUAUGACCCCAACAGUUCGAUGCAUCAAAUCACCCCUUCAAUCAGAAGUGCCUGAUGUGGAUGACAGUCCUAAUCCUCCAAAAAGAAUGCGGAGAGAAAUAGUAAAAAGGUUACUCAGUUCAGAAGAAUGGGUAUCGCCGCCUCCUACAAAAAGGCAACAGCAAACCACAACCUUUACAUCUGAGGUGAAUGGAUCAUCCAGAAAAAAGAAAACUUAACCAGUGAGAUUGCUUACAAAGUACUUGUAUAUUGAAAUAUGCAUAAGCAAAACAUUAAAAGAUUAUUGUUACUGUUGUUAAUAGUUGUAUACUGAUUAGCGAGAAACAUUUUUGUAGUAACAACAACCAUUUCAGUUUGCAUAAUUUUAUAUACUUUUUUAUUUCUGUUGUCCAGCAGUAGACUGUAAAAUGUGCAUAUACAUAUUUUUAUUUAUGAACAAUUUCAAAUUUUGCAAUAAAUGUUAAAAUAUUA